AUGGCGCUGAUUUAUCUAAGCGAGGUCUUGGGUCUCUUGUAUGGCAUGGUCAGGCUAAGCUCUGAAGUCGGGAUCGGAUCCCAGCCCAUUGUUUCCACUAUACUGGGUUCUGGCUAUGGAGUGAUAGCACCCGCGGCACACAGUCAUAGUCUAAUAAAUCCCCUUUCCCAUUUCCAGCCUGAUGAUCCUGCUACGCGGACUUGCUCCGAAGCCAUAGCUCCCUUUGCCCUUCGAGGGAACGGGGAGCUGGGGAUACCCCGGAUCGACGACCCCCACGCGGGGUCACCUCCACUUCUCCGCUUCAUACUUUCCAGCACACCAUCGCCAUCAGUCCUUGUUCUGAUCGGCUUUUCUCCGAGACUUCUUGCCUCAUAUCGUCCAAUUAGUGGUGCUAGAUACAAGCUAUACCCCGGAUCACCAAUGACGCGUCUCAGACCCCCACGUCGGCACAAAAGUCUUUCAAUGAUUGGUAGAUGCCCAUACUCGGGGAGCUCGCAUCCAGGACCGGGGCCCGAUGUGAAGGACAAAGCUCCUACUAGCGUCGAACAUAAAAGCAGGGGUCUUGUAGACAUUAUAACCACCUUGUUCUUCCGAAUCGCUCUUCCUUUCGUCCAGCUGGACUUUGAGCUCGCUAGCCUCUCAGGUCCGCAUGCGAGAUAG